GGGCGCCCGGUCUAAGUCAGCAGUCUAACGAGGCGAAAGAGGAUGCUAAGCCGGCUACAGGAGCUCCGCAAGGAGGAGGAAACGCUUCUGCGUCUAAAGGCGGCCCUACUCGACCAACUGAACCGCCUCAAGGUGGAAGAACUGGCCCUCCAAUCCAUGAUAAGUUCUCGAAGAGGGACUGAGACACUCUCUUCUCAGCCUGCACCUGAACAGUUGUGUGAUAUGGCAGUGCACGUAGACAAUGAAGCGUCCAUCAAUCAAACCACACUGAAGCUGAGUACAAGGAGCCCUAUGGAGGUGGAAGAGGAGGAGGAAGAGGAGGAAGAAGAAUCUGAUUCGUAAAGAGCUAGGAUGAGAUGCACGUCUGAACAGACAAGCAUGGGAGAAGCCUGAAAGCAACAUGGCAUGCCGCUGGGCAGAGGAGUUCCUCUUUGCUGUUUCCCAAAGGUUCAGAUGCUAGCGGCGUGGGUUGGUGUGCUGGGCUGGUUAAGCCCAAUGGUGGAACAGAGCCAACCUGCGAAGUCCACUUCCUCAGCAUCAGAUCUCUUGAUGAAAGCAUGAACCUGUGUGCAGAAAACAGAAAGGAAGUGCUGUUAAAAACUACCAGGAAGGAAAAGCAAGAGUCUCAGCCUGGGUACCACUUGGAAGAUACUUCUAAGUGUUUGCCCUUGAGCAGUAAGUAGGCCAGCUACAGCCCAGAGACCCUGAGCCACAUGUAUAAGCUGUGCAGCCCUGGGGCAACCUUGUCUCUCUAAGCAACUCUGGCUUGUUAGAAGGUACGCUACACUCAAGGCUACACAAGGCAUGGUGUCUGGAUCUUAAAGUAUCACAUUACUGUGCCACUGCCAUCAAACAAGAACUAGAUAGAGCCGGGCGGUGGUGGCCACGCAUGCCUUUAAUCCCAGCACUCGGGAG